UCUCUCUCUCUCUCUCUCUCUCUCUCUCUCUCUCUCUCUGUGAGGUAAUUUAGGGCAAAAGCUGUAGAUUAUGGAUGUUGGAGACUUUAAAGUGAUAAUGCGCUACCGAAUGCAGGUAGGUCAUCUGAGUGAGUGAAAUGGUGGACAAGACUAAGGGGAGAAAGGAGGAGGUAGUUACCAGAGAGUACAAUAUCAACCUGCACAAGAGAUUGCAUGGCUGCACCUUCAAGAAGAAGGCUCCCAAGGCCAUUAAAGAAAUCAGGAAGUUUGCUCAGAAGGCCAUGGGAACAAAGGAUGUGAGAGUGGAUGUCAAGCUGAACAAGAGCAUCUGGAGCAGGGGGAUCCGGAGUGUCCCAAGGAGGGUCAGGGUUCGCAUUGCACGCAGAAGGAAUGAUGACGAAGAUGCAAAGGAACAGCUUUACUCCCUUGUCACUGUUGCAGAAAUCCCAGCUGAAGGACUAAGAGGUCUGGGCACCAAGAUUAUUGAAGACGAGGAUUGAUCCUUCUAUUUGUGUGAAAAAACAAAUCCAAUCACAAGUUAAACUGUAUUUUAUUUUUGCAAAUGUCGAGUACUUCCAGACCAAUUAGUUUUUCAUUUUUCCAUGCAGAUAAUUUCAUUGCUGUUGUUAAGAUUUUCAAAUGCCAUUUACCA